UGGACAGAUCUGCUUACUGCCGUUCUUAAUGAGGCUGAACAACUUCUCGCUCAUGCGUUCACUUGACAUUCACGAAGAUCCCACGUUUAUCCCAGAGGUUGCUGCGGAGGUUAUGGAAGACAAAUCUGAGGCUAAAAGCACUUCGGAUAUUAUCGAGCAGCUGAUAGAUGCAAGGUCUGAUUCUGCUAGCAAUGCGUUUAGCUUCAAAGGGAUCAGAGACUACCUGGACUGCUACCGGAGUGGGAAGCUGACGCCAUCUCAGGUGGCAAAGAACAUCAUUGCCAUGCUGGAGGACUGCGACAAAUCCACGCCCCCACUCAGAGCGAUAGUGCAAUGGGACAAGGAGCAAAUAAUGCUGAUGGCUGAGGCCUCCACUGCUCGUUACAGGAAUAAAUGUACCCUGUCUUACCUGGAUGGCAUCCCAGUGUGUCUGAAAGAAGAGUUCAAAGUGGUACCUUACCAUCACCGAGUGGGAACAGUCUAUCUUGGGACAGAGCCUGAGACAGAAGAUGCUACUGUGGCCAAGAAGCUGCGAGAGGCUGGGGCUAUCAUUAUUGGGGUCUCAAACAUGCAUGAACUAGGGACUGGAACAACUGGAUGCAACCCUAAUAGGUACCACAAGAUCCCUAGGAAUCCCUACAAGCCUAACCACUUCACAGGUGGGAGCUCCAGUGGGUCAGCAGCAGCUGUAGCAGCAGGUCUCUGCCCAGUGGCUAUUGGCACAGAUGGAGGUGGCUCUGUGAGGAUUCCUGCUUCGUUCUGUGGUGUGGUGGGGCUGAAAGGUACAUUUGGGCGCAUCAGUUCUCAUGGCAGCUUGCCACUCUCCUACUCCACAGUCAGCGUAGGCCCUCUCUGUACCUCAGUGGCAGAUGCAGCCAUUGUUUACAGUAUCCUUGCUGAGCCAGAUCCGCUCUAUCCCUAUGGACUAAAACAGCCCAAAGCAACCCUAUCUGGUAUGUGUGCUCCUGACCUGAAAGGCUUAAAACUGGGAGUGGACUGGACAUUUUUUAAGGCAUGUGAUGCUGAAGUCCUGUCCGUCUGUGAGAAAGCUGUGGAACACCUGCAGAGUUUGGGAGCCAGCGUGGUUGAAGUGUCUCUUCCAGAGAUGGAGGAAGUGCGAGUAGCACAUGUAAUCUGCAUUCUCAGUGAGAUGAGGGACUUCCUGCAACCUGACUUCAAUAAACAUUUCCAUGAAAUGAAUUUGGACACUCGGGCUAACCUGGCCUUGGCGUCCCAGUUCACGGCUCUGGAUUAUAUUACGGCAAAUCGACAGAGAACUCGGAGCAUGAGAUUUCUGCGAGAGAUCUUCACCACUGUGAACUGUAUCCUUACACCAGCUGUUGCUUCCACUGCCCCAAGAAUCUAUGAAUCUGACCUUUUGACUGGCAGCAGCAAUCUGUCCUUCACAGUCCGGUGCAUGAGGUUCAUGCAGCUUGCUAACUUCACUGGCAUUCCAGGCCUUGUGGUCCCCAUUGGAUAUUCUACUUCUGGGCUUCCUAUUGGUUUCCAGGUCAUGGCCAAAUGGUGGGAUGAAGCUGUUCUUCUGAGGAUUGGCCUGAAGCUAGAGCAGUUUCGUUACCAGACCAAAAAACCAUCCAUUUAUUAUGACAUCCUUGCAUGACGGAGCAACUGAGAUGGGGAAGUCGUCUGUCUUUUCCUGGUGUGACCUAAGUAUUAGAGUGGACUUGUUUUCAAUGUGCAUCUGAAUAAGGCUUAGUAGCAGGCCCAUUUGAGGAAUGGGGAGGAACACUGACCUAAGCAGGCAUUGAUGCUGUGCAGACAUCACUUCUGCUCUCUGUUUGUUAUUGAAUGGUCCAGCUUAUACUAGGGAGACCAACUGUGCUACCUGGAUCCUGGCUGUGGUAUUUUUUGUGAAAAGGGGAAGCUGCAACUUCUUUCCACGUAGACGGUCCUGUAUAGAUGGAAGACAGUUCAAUCUAGAAGACUGCACCUGGGCAGUUCAUGCUACUGUGCAUGGAAAAGUACAAUCCCUAGACCUUAAACCUUCUCACAGAACUCCUCCUGCUCCAGGAUAUAACAAAGGUACUCUUUUGAGCAGGGGAGGCAUCUUCCCUGAAGAAAUAAUGCCUAGCUCCCCUGGAACGAGGAGUAUCUUAACACGCCUGCAGUUAGGUAGUGGGUGUUGUGGCCCCUUACUUAGUCCCUCAGAGCAAAUAUAAAGCCUAUAGCUUAUGAAGUGUCACUGUCUUUCUGUCCCUUAUGCUGCAACCAGCGUAAGGUCAGUCUUAACUGUUGCACGAAGUCUCAAUGUGCUUGCUGCAUGAGCAGUCCUACCUACCUUCAGCCUUACAUGCAAGGGGAAGAAAAGGCAGAGCACGAACACUCAUCAACUCUGUGACCCAAAACUCUGGCUCAGGGUUCUGGCUUUCUGUUGCACAUCUCUCUUUCCCAUGCUAAGCCUUGGAGAGCCUCUUUUCUCCCACUGGUUGCUUAAGUAUAAGCCUACUAUCAUUUAGGUGUCCCAAUGGAAGAAAUUACUUGGUAUUGCUGUGAAGUACGGCUUAAAGGGUGCUGAGACAGCUGUUACAAACAGGUGAAAUUUGCGUGGUAGUGGAAAUAGGAGAUGCUACAGAGCUACUGGCAAAGAGUUGAAGCUGGGUGCUACAAAGGUGCUGCACAAAGCCCUGUGCAGCAAAGAGCUUGCUCUAGAUAAGAGGCUGACUCCCUCUUACCCUAAAUGUACUUCCUGAAGUAAUGAAGGUAGAAUUAAGACACAGCUUAAAGAUGAAGCUAUACUACAUAAAGCAUGACAUGGCUCUAAGCCGCAGUACUGUGCUUCAUUGAAAGGCCCCAGACCGUAAACUCCCAAGUACCUGUGUCCUGCCAGCAGCACUAAGGCCUCUUCUUAUCUUUCACGUGGCCCAGGGGUAACCAAAGUUAAUAAUUUGUGUUUGUUUUGGAGUAGUUUGGGGUUAAUGCUGAGAGGCAUCUCCUGUUGCCUACCUCACCAGGUAUCCUGGGCUUGUGAUCAGGCUGCUGGAAAAGCUGUCCUACAGCCAGGAGCUGAGAAGAUUGCACUAUUCUUACUUAGCUUGGAAGGAAAGAAGGAACAGAAAGUAGUUACAGUUUCUCCCAAACUCAAUACGGUUGGGUUUUCCCUGUCCCCCCCACUACAUAUCCACCCUUUAAACAGAGCUAGCACUUUACUAAUGGCUAAAGUUAAAAGAAGUCAGAUGGCAUCUGAAUGGAAGAAGAUUGCAUUGCUCUUUCCUCCUUCAUUAUUUAAGUUAAAGAGUUAAAGCAUCAAUUCCUACCAUCAGCUGUCACCAGCAUCCUCAGUUAAAUUAAUUAUAUGGUUGAUAUGGUCUUUUAUCUUCAAUUCCUCUAUGUAAUACUGCCACAACUAUUUUUCACUAGAUUCUAGUAAAGU